UCAGUCCGUUGGCAGGGCGGCGCUGUGAUGAUGCGAAUGAGGUAGAUGUCCAAGAAGUGGGAGGUGGUGUGGCGGUCGCUGAUGCAUCACCUCAAGCUCAGCGAGGAGAACGUCAAGGUGGAUGCCAUCCACCAGCCCUCGCACAAGCGGUUCCUCCUCAACAGAGUCGUCCGGCUGCCCAUGCAUGGCGACAUACAGGUGUCUGGACACCUUAUGCUGGAAGGCCGAUAUUCGAUGGAUGCAUCAUCUGCACACUUGUACUUGGCUUCUGUCUGCAAUGACUGCAGUUGGCUGGUGUCGGCGAGGCGCCUUACACGAAGGAGAGCAACGCUCCCCCCAUGAACCAGAUCUGGCCAAAUUCGCCGCUCCUUCCGCCAAUGUGCACCGAUAGCGUCCCUUUGCCUUCAUUCAAGACUGGUCGGCCGGCGGGCGAUGAAAGAUCCGUCCGUCAUGCACUCACUGACGCCAAGCUAUGUGUGUGUGUCCGUGUGUGUCUGUCAGCCUGGGACCGGUCUGUCCGUGAGGUGAUCCGAGAUGCACUGAGAAAGGGUCCGCCAACGGGCGGGAAGAACGGCUGGCGAGGAUACAUACUAUUACCUGCCCGUCUUCUGUCUGCAGAUGUGUUGCGUGCGGAUGCGUUGGCCCCGCUGCCUUCGGAACUGCGGAAAGCUGUCACAGAACUCACUUCCCAACAGGUGUGUAGAGGGAAACACACACUGGCGUCGGGAAUGUGUCGAGUGCUGUGUGUAUACCAUACGGCAGGGUGGUGACCAUCGGAUGGGCGUUCGGCAGCUGGUUGACGGCUGGUAUCAGGCCAUGGACGUGGAUCACCCCGCGGCGAGACGCACACUCAUUCAGCACUUCCCGCCACCCAAAUGGACGCGCCAACGCGGUGGGUGACUAUGGGAGGGACGAUCAAAGGCGGACCUUGUGCAGCUCUGUGUGUGUGUUGUGUUGUGUUGUGUUGUCUUCUGUGUGUCAGGGAUGUGUGUGCCGAUCGAUGUGUAUCGGCAGUGUGCUGUGGGGCCUGCCCUGAGGCCGCACGCAGCCUGGGACGUAGGACAGACCGCUCACUCACUCACACAACAUCUCAACAUCUACAUCUACACCGUCAUCUAUCUCACCCCUUGUCAGGCGCUGGACCAUCUGGAGCGGAACAUCGACAUCGAGCCGCAGGAAGACAUAUCGGAGACGUUCAUGCCCACACGGCCACCCGGUGCCGCUUCCGGUGCCGGUGGCCAUCGUGGGGUGGUGAGGGAAGGGUCAAGGGAACUGGGGACGGGCAAGGGAAGGGGCGACGAAUCUGGCCCAGGAAUGGAGUAUUAUAGGUAGGUCAGUUUGAGCCAAUGACCAAGGCCACCCGGCAUGUAUGUAUGUGCACAUGUGCGCGUCAAUCAGGAGGUCGCUUGUCACUCUCGAGAGGGAGCGGGCCUCACACAUCAUCGAUGUAAGUCAGUCAGCAAGUGCGGACGACACGACCCCUCAGCGGUCACUUUUCCUGCGUCCUUGCCUGUCUGCGCGUCGCGUUGGUUGGCAGACGUACUAUGCGUUGCUGAGCGACCCCUAUGAGGGCCACGAGCUGGUCCGCAGCGCGUCCUUCAAACAAAAGAGGGAAGCACGAUUCAUGGUCGAAGGUAGGGUGGGUGCAUAGGAAGUCAGAACCCUCGCUGCAUACAAGAGACAACCAUGGGACCAAGCCUCUUGUGUGUCAGCUGACAUGUCCCACGUGAGUCGCGAUGACCUCUGCGUCCUCAUACCGAGAGACGAGGUGUGCAGAGUGGACAUGACGCAACCAACAUCUGAUCAUGUAUCUGAUGUCAUCCUCCUUCCUCUUGUAUCUAUCUGGUGUGUCUCGUAUGGUCAGGACACGUCUCGCUUCGUGAGCGACGUUCGUCACAUCCACGGAGACGCAUUCGACUACAGGUAAUACAUACAAAGCCAUCCAUCCAUCCAUCCUUCGUCCUUCUGCCUGCUCAUCUCCUCAGCGCCGUUCACAUCGCUCCACCCCAUCCCCCCGCCCACGCGACCCCCAAUGUGCGCCUGACAUGUCUCGCCUGUGAGAAGCCCUUCGACCUUCCCCCAUCACGCCUCCUCCAGCCAGAGCCCCUGCAGUGCCCCUCAUGCGGCCACUCAAGCAGGCCCACAAGCGGCGUUCAUCACGGAGGGGAGCAAGUGGGCCAGGGGGAGGGUGGGGUGAGUGGAGGCCGGAAGGAGAAAUCAAGGCUUAGGGACGCUGAGACAAGGGUGGGUAUGCACGCUGAACAAGGAAGGCUGUCUGGUUGCCGUGGCAGACUGUGCCUGCGUCGUCUCGACAAUGCAGGACGUGCGAGACCCUUACCGCUUCUGCAAACGCGAUGAGGUGAGGUGAGGUGAGACGACAAUAAAACCCCUGCAAGCAUCCCUUGCAUUCUUAUGCAACCUACCUCUCUCUGUCUCUUUCUCUCUCUGUUUUCCAACUGACAGGCGUGGGUUGGCCAGGUGGUCCGCAUCCGUCAGGCCAACAAGAUCUGCUUGCUGCAGCUCAAGGUCCACCCCAUCCUCAUCUCAGCCCAGGACCCCACCACCACCACCACCCCGUCCAGCGACCCCCACCCCCUGGCGGGCUCUGUGCCCGUGGAGCCCUCCUACUGGGUGGCCUGGCCGUCGGUCAUACCAAGGGUCUUCGAUAGACAGCUCAGAGCACUCAGAAGAAUCGCACUUUUCGGUAUGUAUGUGCGCCUCUGUGUGGGUCGAUCCUUGCAUGCACAUGACUGCAUGUGCGUGUGUGUGUGGAUGCUGGAUGCUGGAUGCUUUCGUUUUGUUUGCUAGGUGACGAGUAUUGCUCUGAGUCGGUGCGGAAGCUUAUUCUCUCCCCCUCGGGCAACCCUGUCGGACCGCUGCAGAAAGCGGCCGGGCGUGAGCCUGCUGGUGAUGGUCUUGGUGGUGCUGGAGCUGGUGCUGGUGCUGGUGGCGAUGAGAUCCAAUCCUGCUUCCCCGAGCUGAGCGCGGGACAGAGAGACGCAGGUAGGUAGGUACAGAGAGAGGUGUGAUGCAGUAAGACUCCUAAGUAGGGAGAUUAUGCUGUGUGUUUGGCAUCAGUGAGGAGUGCCCUGUCGUCUCGCGAGCCAAUCUGCCUGAUCCGGGGUGAGAAAAGAGGAAGGAGAAGCCGAGAAGGAACGGGCCGAUUGUGGUCUGUCAUGUGUGCAGGUCCUCCUGGCACGGGCAAGACCGCGACAGCAGCAGCCAUUGUUGCAAGUAUGUAUCCACCAAAUGCACACACACACCACACAAACACACACACACACACGCAGGUGCAGAGAAAAGACGAUUAGGAGUUUUCCCCUUCUAUCUGUGUGUCUGUGUGUGUGUGCGUGUGUCUUAGUGUGGGCCACAUCGGACCCAACGGACUGCUCGCCCAUCUACGCCUGUGCCGGUAGGCAAUCCAAUGGAGGCACGGGUCCCGUUGUGUCUGUCAUCCAGUUCGCCCCCUUCCCCUCCGCUCCACCCUCCUCAUGUGCCACAGGCACCCAUGCGGCCGUGGCGCAGCUGAAGCGGCACCUGCUGCGUUGGGGCAUUCGCCCCAGCAACCCACGCGACCACAUCAGCAGCAGCCACAGCCGUGACACCGCGACCGCCAGCUCUGCGGAUGAGGCGGCGGAGAAUCCUGAGCCUGAUGGCGAUAGCGUUGGUGGGGAUGGCGAGGAGGGUGAAGCAAUAAGCGAUGGGGAGGGUGCUAGAGGGGGUGAGAGUGGGGGCGACUCGGAUGGUGCUGGAGGAGAGUGCGGAGGAGGGGGCGGGAGGCGGCAGCACGCACAUGUGUUUGUGCAGACUGUGUACCAGGUAGAUAGAUCAGUUACACUGGCAUGCCAUGCCUGACGACGCCAUGAGAAGGGAUGUACGUAUGUGUUGUUCUGUGGGUGGUCAAUCAACAAUUCAUUCAGGCGUCCAUCUUUGCGCGUCGGGAGCUGCCCCGCGUGCUCAUCGACGAAAGCACUCAGAUAUCGGGUCAGUCAGCUAGCUGAGAUGGGACAACACACACGACACGACCCUUCAUGAGCCUGCUUGCCUCAUCCACUGUGGGUGGAUGGAUGGAUGGAUGCUUGUCUCUUGUCUGUGGUUGUGGGUGCGGUGCCGACGGGUGAGUGAAGAGUACGCGGCGCUGAUCCCCCUGGCACAGAGGUGCCGGAAGCUGCUGCUCAUCGGAGGUAGGCAGGCCAGCAUCAAGACACUGUCCUGUGUGUGUGGUGUGGAAAGACGUGUGUGGCCGAUGCUGCUGCUCCUGCGGUGCAGACCCUGCCCAGUUGCCCCCCCUCUCGCCUCUGAACAAGGUAGACAGGGCGGUUCGGUCGGCACAGAUGGAUUGGAUGGAUGUGCUGCUGCACAUGAUAUGUGCGCAUAUAUAUGAUCCAUGUUGUGUGUGGUGUGGUGUGUCGUCUUCAGCAAGUGUACGGCGAGCGCCACGAGCCCGUCACCAGCCUGUUCGAUAAACUGCAAAAGCAGGGUAAGGGAAGGUAAGCUAAGACAAGACAGAUGCCAAGCCCGUGCCAACCAUCCACAGCACAGCACACAAGAGACGUCCCUCGCUCAUGCCUGCCUCUGCACUGCACGCCUCUAUGCUGUGCACUCCACGUGUGUGUCAGGUCUGCGGCCGGUGUCUCUGACGGUUCAACACCGGAUGCCGCCCGUCAUCUGCUCCUUCCUCUCCAAGCACUUCUACAGAGGCAACCUGCACACCGACUCCCUCCUCGCCAACAACCCCCCACCACUCCCAAGCGGCUUCCCGUGGGCCCGGUCGGCCGACGACCCCUCUCUCCCGAUGCCCGUGCUCUUCAUCGACACACAUGGGGGCGGGUAUCUGGAGGAGCUGAGAGACCGCUCGCUCAUGAACCCACUGUGUGUACUGUCUGUAUGCUGGAAGGGAGGCGGACACAGCGCGUGUCAGUCAGCAUAUAUUGGUUUGUGUGGUGUGGUGUGGUCAGUGAGUCGAGUGUGUGUGCAGCCGUGGUGCGGCGCUUGCAGCAGCUGGGGGUGCCCGCCAGCGAAAUCGGUGAGUGACGCACGCGAUGCGAUGCGAUGCGCAGAGAGACACAGAAGGGUGCGCAGAGAGAGUGGCUGGAGACUGUUUGAUUUGGGCAGGUGUGAUAACGCCCUACGACUCGCACAAGCGGCUGCUCAAGAGGGCCAUACACGGAAUGGUACACACACACACACACACUCAUGCACGAUUGCAGGCGUCCGUCACUCACCUCACGGUGUCUUGUCUGUGUGUGCUUCCUUCUACGUGUGUGUGUGUGUUGUUGGGCCUGCAGGAGGGCGGCAUCGUCAGCCGUCGGGUGGCUUUCCUUUCGCAGGCAGGCAACCAACGCUAAGCCACACACAACGAACGCCAGCCACGUGUCAGACAUGACAUCCAUCAUGCCUGUGUCGUUGCGUGUCUCUGGCUGUGUCCCCCCUCCCCUCAGCUGGAUUUGCUUGAGUUGGAGCCCCACCCACACGUUCUCACCGUAGACGGCUUCCAGGUGGAGUACCUACCUAGCUCACUCACAUGAAGACCAAUGCGUCACAGUGCCGGAUGAGUGGAUGGAUGGAUGGAUGGAUACGCCUCUCUCUGUCUGUCAGGGGUCUGAGCGCGACUUCAUUGUCUUCAGUGCCGUCAGGUCUAACCUACAGGUACAACGCGGCUGACUGACUGACUGACAACAUUCGACAGACAGAAUCAUCUUUCGGUCGAAUCUGUGUGUCGGGGGGCUGUGCGGUGUGCCGCAGGCGUCUCUCGGGUUCCUCAAGGACGAGAGGCGCAUGUGCGUGGCGCUGUCGCGUUGCAAACGAGGUGAGGCACCACUCACCACCAACACACAACACACGUCCGUCCUCGAGAUGUAUGUAUGUCUUUCGGGCCGUCGGUUGUCUGUCAGCGUUGAUAAUGGUGGGCGACUCCAAGACACUCAGCUCACACCCCAUCUGGCAGGUGGGCGACAGACACACAGGGCUGGUUCUAGGCUCCAUAUCACUCAUUUGUGCGUGCACCGUGACCCACCUAGGAGUGGGUGGCGUACGUGGACUCGCUGGGCUGCCGGGUGUCUUACGGCACCUUCAUGAGGCAGCUCCACCAAGCACACCACACACACGGGCAGGGAUCGAUGAGUGUGUGCAGGAGUAGUGUAGUGUAGUGUGUAGGCCGAGACGGACAGACGGAUGAUUGCGUGUGCCUUGCUGUCUAUUGCUGUCCCGUCCCCCUCGACCAUUUCUAUUGCUGUCCUGAUAUCUGUGACAAACAAGGCGCGACAGACCAUGUUCGUAGAAGAGUCC